AUGCCAAACAUGGCAUCUUUGCUACGUGGACUCUCGUAUCGCUUCACGCCCACGCCGUCAACCGAUUUUAGCAAGGCAAAGAACGAAAACUUGCUCUUCACAAAGACGGAUCCUGCUGUCGACGGCGACGAUUGCUUGCACGACUGCGAGACAUGUACUGUAAAGUACCCGAGGAAGUUUGAGACAGAUCAGGAUGACAAGCUCUAUGGUAAUAUCGGUGGUUGGAACACGCACCUGAUUGUUGCUACUGGAAAAACGGACUGGGUUCGUGAUGUCGCCGACGAGAAGGGCAGCGUCAUGGAGGCCGUAGCAAAGGCAGAGGAGCCUACGAAUGGCAAGAUGAUGCUCUCGGCCUCCAAUAUGCCAGUACCGCACACCUCACACUCGGACCCUGAUGGCCAGGUCCGUACCACGCUUCUGCUUCUUCCCGCCUUCAAGUUCAUCGACCAUGUCACUCCAUCCGCCAUACCCGACCUCAUCAAACAUUGUAUCAAUACCGCUCCAACGAAUACAACACCCCUGGCCGACCCUACCUCUGACAGUGCCCUGACGACCACACCCUUGCCCUCGGGGUUAGAGAUGAGAUCAUGUCCUCACAACUACUUGAUCCUGUUGUGUUCGCAUGCCACCAGAGAUGCUAGAUGUGGCCAGUCCGCUCCAUUGCUCAAAAAGGAGUUCGAAAGACACUUGCGACCUUUGGGUCUGGCUCGCGACUUUGACGACGAGCGUCCAGGAGGUGUUGGCAUCUACUUCAUCAAUCACGUUGGUGGCCAUAAAUACUCAGCAAACGUUUUGGUCUACAGAAGACGCCUGACCCCAGACGGCAAACCCAUGGACGAGGCCGCGCAGUGCAUAUGGCUGGCCAGAAUCAAGCCUCAGGACUGUGAGAACCUGGUUCGCUACACCAUCCUCCAGGGCAAAGUAGUCAAGCCUGAACAGCAGCUCCGAGGAGGCUUUGAUCGCUCCACUCAGUUGACCAGCUGGUAA